AGGUCGUACACGUAACGCGCUGCCGUUCCCCCGGCUUCUGCCACCCUCCCCUACCUCCCAGCUCACUCAUAACUCUUCCACCACUCGACAGUGAACAGGGGAAUAAGGUCAGCUCAUUCACGCGAUUUAUUUUUCUCGCGCACGGAUUGUCCAGCGAUCAAUUGGAAUUCGCCGCGCGCCAUGGCGCCUCGCCGGAGCGCUGCCGCCGAGGCGGAGGAACAGGAACCAGAGGAGGGAAUGGUCAAGCUGCAGUUCAACGAGCCGUUGACAUGGCGUCCCGGAAAGGGGAUUCCUCUGGACACGCUGCUCAAGAGGCUCGACCAGCUAACGAGAGAGCUGGCCGAGAUGGACCAGGAAACCACCGACACUUCAUCGCUCACCAAAGUCGCCAAGGAGGUCGCAUCGCACCAGCUCCUCAACCACAAAGACAAGGGGGUGAGGGCGUACACGGCCUGCUGCGUCGUCGAUAUCCUUCGGCUUUGCGCUCCCGAUGCGCCCUUCACCCCGUCCCAACUCAAGGUCCAGACCCCGCCACCCAUCGCGGCGAUCGCGAACUGAUGUGCGCUGACCAG